CACACUUGCAUAGAAUAGCCGGAGAAUAAUCAAAUUGCCCCUCCCUUUGUCGAAUUGGAGGUGGAUUGCUCCCGCCUUGACUGGAUUUGCUGUCAUUUCCAGAACUAGUCAUGUCCUUCGAUCUGCUUGUUCCACCGGCUGCAGAUUCCACCUGCUCAUCGUCGCUUCUUCCUUGAUCAGCCAUCUCUAUAGCGUGUGUGGCUUCCAUCGGCAACCGUCACCGCUCGUGAGAAGGUUAGGCCAAAACAACCCAGCAAAUCCUACGCGCUGACGUAGUGAAGGGCUGAUGUGGCAUUUGACAUGUCAUCCAUGUGUGCAAAAACCACGGUAAAAAACAGCUCGAAGGGUUAAGUGCCCGGUAUCGACAGUUGGAGGAUGAAUUAUACCCGGUUCCGUAGUUCGUGGUUGCAUUUAGAUAACCAUAAAAGUUCGAGGGUGUAAAAUGGACUUCUCCCCUGUAAGCCUAACCCAUACAGAAAGCUUAAUUCAAGCUUCAAAUUAAAGGGGUUAAAGAAUACAAAACCAAAAGGAGUUUUUCUGGCUUUUUUGCAACCUGAUCCAGCGUAACACCCGAAAAAUUGCCUACUCGUCGACGGACUCUCACGACCCGCGCGCGCCACGCAAGAAUCAAAGAUCCCCCUCCAGCUUCAAACACGCUAGCCGACGCCGCCGCCGCCGCGGCGACGGCGCGAGCGACGCCUCGUCGCCCUUGGAGAGGCCUCGACAGCGCGCGGCGCGGGCGCGCCACAAGCUCCGCUCGGCUUAGCCGUCGCCGCCGCGAAGCGAAGGCCGGGGGCCCUCGCCGCGCUCUCCUCGGCAUUCCGCGCACGCCACCUGUUCGACCCAAUGCGCAGCUAGACCGGCUAGAGAUUAAGGUUGCGCGAUCCCAUGUCCUUCCUGGCGCCCGGACGCGGCCGCCUCCUCCGGGUGCUCCCCACAAGGCGGCACCGUCUUCCGCCUCCCCAAGGGUCAGGAGGCUACGCGGCGUGCUUCCGGCGGUGCAAGGCGCACUUCUUGCUCGAUGGAGUCGAGGAUGCGGUGGAGGGAGCCGCCGAGCCGCAGCAGCCACCGGUGUCACUUGCGAAGAGCCUGGCCUCUCUCACCGAGGAGUCGGCCGUGGCCGCUCAGAGGCAGAGGAAGCCCCUGCUGCGGAUGGAGCGGAAGAGGCUGGCUGAGCUCAGGAUCAAGAAGAGGGUCAAGGCGCAGUAUUUGAACGGCAAGUUUCAUGAUCUCAUGGCUAACGUGGUGGCUAGCACUGAUACUUUGGAGGAUGCUUAUGACAUUGUUCGGCUCAAUUCAAAUAUUGACAUGUCAUCGGUGAGGGAUGAUGUUUGCUUUGCUACAUUGGCGGAGCUGCUCAGGACUGGUGAGUUCGAUGUCAGAGCGAAUGUUUAUGCGGUGGUUGCAAAGAGGCGAGAUGGAGGGAGGCUUGUUCUCCCACGGUUGAACUUGAGAAUUAUUCAGGAAGCAGUAAGGGUGGUGCUUGAGGUUGUUUACAGACCCCAUUUCUCAAAGAUAUCACAUGGCUGUCGGAGCGGCCGAGGGCAUCAGUCGGCUCUGAGGUUCAUUUCCAAUGAAAUUGGGAUUCCAGAUUGGUGCUUUACUAUCCCCAUGCAUAAAGAAGUAGAUAGAAAUGUUCUCUCUAAGAUUAUCUGUCUAAUACAGGAAAAGAUCGAUGACAAUCAGUUAGUUACAUUCAUGCAACACAUGUUUGAUGCAGAGGUGAUCAAUUUGGUAUUUGGAGGAUUUCCUAAAGGCCAUGGGCUUCCUCAAGAAGGAGUACUUGCGCCAAUCCUAAUGAACAUAUACCUCGACAGUUUUGACCACGAGGUGUUCAGGAUUUGCAUGAGGCAUGAAGGCCUUGGUUCAGAGGCAGCAGAUGUUUCAGACAACCAGGAGUCAAAUUUGCGCCACUGGUUUCGAAGUCAAAUUUCAGGCUUGAAGGAUAGGGAGGAAAACAGUGACAAUCAAACAGACUAUCCACUAAAAACAAAACUAUAUGCUUGUAGAUACAUGGACGAGAUCUUUGUUGCAGUUGUUGGAUCCAGAGAUAUUGCAGAAGAUAUAAAAUCGGAAAUGAUUACUUACUUAAGAAAAACACUAUUCUUGGAAGUUGAUGACAGGUUGUAUCUUAUGCCGGUCAGAAGUAAUUCCCGGGGCUUACAGUUUGCUGGCUCUAUGGUAAGAGUUACAACAAAGGAAAGUGCUGCACUGAAAGCUGUGCAUAAGCUGAAGGAAAAGGUUCAUUUAUUUGCUUCUCAGAAGCAAGAGAUAUGGGAUGCUAUGAAUCUUAGGUUAGGAAAGAAGUGGUUGGCAUAUGGUUUGAGAAGAGUAAAGGAGUCUGAGAUCAAGUCACUUGGUCUUAGCACGCCUUUGUUGGAUCACAUUGCACAGUUUAGGAAAGACUGUAUGAAGACAGAUCAUUGGUUCAAAACUUUACUCAAGGUAUGGAUGCAGGAUAUCAAUGCUAAACGCGAAGCUGAUGAGAGCAUACUCCUGUCAAAAUACAUUGCUGAACCAUCACUUCCGCAGGACCUCAAAGACGCGUUCAACAACUUUCAGAAGCAAGCCAAAGAUUACAUCUCAUCAGAAACUGCUGCCACAGAAGCAUUAUUGUCCAGCUUAAAGAAUAAAGAAUCAGCUAUUACCUGCACUGAUGGUGCUGUCAUUAAGAUCCAUGCUCCUAUUAGCUAUAUCCAUAAGUGCCUUAAUCGUUAUGGUCUAAUUAAUCUUGAAGGUUUCCCUAAGCACGUUUCAGCCCUUGUUUUGCAAGACGAUGAGCUAAUCAUAAGUUGGUUUGCAGGAAUAAUUCAACGUUGGAUGAGAUGGUUCUCAGAGGUUGACAAUUUUAAAGAACUUAAGCUUAUGUUGGUUGAAUGUGUCAGGAAAUCCUGCAUCAGGACAUUAUCGGCAAAGUACCGAAUGUAUGAGAAAAUAACAGAAAAGCGAUUUGAACUUGAUGAUUAUGGUAUUCCAAUGGCCGAGGACUUUGAGGCAAUAAUGGCACCUUUAGAAUCUAGUUCGUCGGUUUGCACUGAUGAAGCUCUGAUGUAUGGCAUUUCUAGUAGUGGAUUGUUUGUGCUCACCCUCUCAAGAGUUAGAGUUCCUUCUCGGCAAUUUGACUGUUUUGUCAUGGGAUGCCAAUCUGCAUCGCUGAGUAUGUAUGUUCUUCAUGUCAAAGAGAGACAGCGGUUUCCAGGAUUUAGGACAGGUUUCUCAUCAUCAAUUCAUGGCAGUUUGGAUGGUAGACGGGUUGGGUUGUGCACUCAACAUGUUAAGGAUUUAUAUCUAGGACACAUCUCCCUUCAGUCAGUUGAUUUUGGUGUGCUGAUAGAUGACUCUAAUAAAAUACCUUAAGUUCUUGUAGCUCGAGUAUGAAGGACUUUAUACAGAUUUGCAAAAUAGUGUAUUCAAUGUUUACAGGCGCCAGUAUUUUUUUUGAAAGAACGCUAGUAUUAUGAUUUAAUCAUAAUGGUUCUAAGAUUUGUGCAGAUUUGUUUAAAAAGCACAGGUGUGCAUCGCUACAAAUAAGUGAUAUUACUGUUCAUACAUGUAUUGCCUUCUAAAGCUGAGAACUUGGUGGCAAUAACACUCCUCUCUUGAUCUCAUAGGACAAAGGUGGAGAGCUGGUCUUAUCCACCAAGAGAAUUUCAUACAAGGACAGAACAGCGUUCUCAUGUUCACAUGAGGCAAUAGCAGGCAACUCAUGGACUUUGGCAAGGUUUGGUUUUCUACGUUCUUUCCAAAGAUCCUACAUAUUGUAAAAGUGCUCCAAGGAUCUACCAUUGCUUGGGAUAGAAGAUUUUGAGUAUCUUGGGCAUUCAGCAUUCUGCCCUACGUCGCCCUGUCGAUGCAUGGAACGAUGGAGAAGAGGCAAAGUCUAGUGGCCAACUAGAAAGGUUUCCGGUGACCAAUGCCAGAACCUUGGGUUUCACCUCCCUUUGAUCUAAAGUAUGCCAUUGGUAACCCCCACAUGUACCUUAAACCAUAUUGAUGCAUCAGACUCCCAGGUGAUAAUAAACUAAAAAUUACAUGUGGUGUGGGGUGAAUCAGACGCCCUCGGUACACAAGAGCGUACCCGUGUAACCAUGUUCUACCCCUGUUGUCGGUAGCACCAAGGGAGGCUUCGGCUUUGAUGCACGGUGUGAUCACGGUAGGUGACUCGUAAAGCAUGGGCAGGAUGCCAGCUUGAGCUUUGGUGCUGCUGCUGGAGGGCAUUGGCCCUAGAACCCCUGCUCCUGGUGUGCGGAUUCUUGCUGUACCUGGAAUGUACUAAUCUCAGACAGUCAGCUCGGUCUUCCGGAUUCAAGCUGUACCAGCUGCGUGCCCGCUCUUGCCUUCACAACUCACGUUGCGCGAAAAGGUUUGGAGAGCUGAACUGUUUCUCUUGCGUCUUUGUGUGUGUUGGAUUUCGAUGCUGAAGAUAGCAAGUUGGCAAUUUCAUCGUCAACUUGAUGCUGUUUCACAUGUUUUGGUGCAAACAGUUGCGGGCUGUUUCGCACACCACAUUCAUGCGACACAGUACAAGCACAGGGUAUGCGCCCAAAUGCCCAAUACAAUCUGGGAAUUUUGUCGGUGGAUUAUAACUUUCUAGUGGCGAGGACAAUCGUACAAACAUCUGUUGUCUAUAAUUUUUCACAAUUUAUUUACAUAAUGUUGUACACUUGUGUAGUACUAGCUUGGCUACUCGUCGCUUUCUGUUAACACGCUUUUCAAACGGUUAAAUGGUGCAUUUUACAUGAAAACUUUAUAUA